UGACAGUUAAAAAAGCAUACAGAGCCAUGAACUACCGUAGCCAUUUGUAUAUCCUGCCGCCACGUGCAUGAACGACGAACACACACAUCGGUUAAAAUUAGUCUCCCAGUGAAUCAUAUUGGACCGUUUGGAUAUGUUUAAAUUACUUGAAUCGACGGUGGGAGCAUUAUGAAAAUACAGUGACGAGACCAGCAUUUUUCCAAGGAGCGAUAUGGUCCCUGCCACAGAUGAACACAUGUUCUGUGCGACUCAGUCUGGAUUAUGGAAGGGAGCCUUAAUCUCUUGUGACUCAGGAGUGAAACACAGCUUUUUAAGGGUUAACAGUUUCACUUGAACCUCCUACAUCAGGAUGAAGAGAUGCAGGGACGCUCCUCCGGACCGGGGCUGCUUGGUGGGAAUAAUAUUCUUCAUUCUGGGCCUGGGAACGCUGCUACCAUGGAACUUCUUCAUGACUGCUUCAUUGUAUUUCCAAGGGCGCCUAAACAAAACAGAAUGGAACAAUGGCACAGCAGUCCAAAAAGAGUACUACUUCAACAACUGGAUGACCCUGCUGUCCCAGCUGCCCCUGCUGCUCUUCACUCUGCUCAACUCCAUCCUCUACCAGAGGAUAUCGGAGGCAAUGCGCGUUGCAGGAAGCCUGGUUUUUAUGCUGUUGCUCUUCAUCCUCACAGCAGUGCUGGUCAAAGUGCCCAUGGAGGAAGACCGCUUCUUCUCCGUCACCAUGGCUACUAUCUGGUUCAUCAACUCGUUCGGUGCCGUGCUUCAAGGCAGUCUGUUUGGUCUGGUGGGACUGCUGCCUCAGAAGUACAGUGCCAUCUUCAUGAGCGGCCAGGGCCUCGCGGGGACCUUCGCUGCCAUUGCCAUGCUGCUAGCCAUAGCCAGUGAAGCAGACUCUGAGACGGCAGCGUUGGGUUACUUCAUCACGCCAUGUGUGGGGACCCUGUUGACACUCUUCAGCUACCUGCUCCUGUCCCGCCUGGACUUUGCUCAGUAUUAUCUGGACAAAAACAACAAAUACGAGGUGGGCACCACAGAGCUGCUGACAGAGAGCAGCACAGUGGAAAACGGUAAGCUGAACGGCCAUGCUAAUGGCUCCGUGCCCAGCGGCACAACCAAUGACAGCAGUCCAGCCGAGGCAGAGGUCGACAGUCCAGAUGGGACCAAGCAGGCCUUCCUGUCACUGGAGCAGGUCGAGAGGGGACAAGCCAAGGCCUCGGUCAUAGAGGUCUUUAAAAAGAUCUGGGUGAUGGCGUUCUGCGUGACAUUUGUGUUCACAGUCACUCUGUCAGUCUUCCCUGCUGUCACAGCAGAUGUCAGAACAUCUUUCCCAGGAAAAUGGGAGCGCUUCUUUAUCUCAGUGUGCUGCUUCUUGAUUUUCAACAUUAAUGACUGGCUUGGUCGGACAAUUACCACCUUGAUACGUUGGCCUCGUAAGGAGUCCCGUUUGUUCCCGGUGCUGGUUGUCUCCAGGGUGGUGUUCAUUCCUCUGCUGAUGCUCUGCAAUGUCCAGAGUCGCUCCUUCCUUCCUGUUUACUUCGCCCACGAUGGUGCUUUCGCUGCCAUCAUGGUUCUUUUCUCUCUGUCCAGCGGAUACUUCGUGUGUCUCUCCAUGUCCUACGCACCACAGUUAGUGGAGCCAAAGGAUGCUGAGACUGCAGGAGCCCUGAUGACCUUCUUCUUGGCUCUGGGUCUGUCCAUUGGAGCAGCGCUGUCCUUCCCCUUCCGGGCUCUGGUCUAGUCAUACACACUUUGAUGGGAAUACGUGAAUAAUGUCAACUUCCUGUUUUCCAUUCAUCUGUGAAGUGGUGUGUUUGUGUGUGUGUGUGUUACACAGCGUGACAGCCAUGAUUAGGAAGUUUAUGGAGUAGUACCAGUGCCCACACGUCUACAAGGGAUCCCUAGCAUCACACACACACACACACACAAACACUUGACAAGAUUCCUUUUGGGAGAAGGAGUAAGGGAAGACUGCUCAUCAUUUUACCUGCUUCUGACCUGAAAACACAGGUUAGAAAAGGUCUCCUCUCGGUACAGUCAACUUUUUAUGUGAACUGUUCAUUUUUAGGUUUAUUUAUGUUUAAUUUCCGUUAGUUGUAAGUAGCUUUUUAGGCAUUUAUCCUCAGAUGAGAAGAUUGAUUUUAAAGAAGAACAGAGGUACGUGUUUCCACCACAACAAAAUGAACUUUGUUUACUUGGUCAGGUUUUAAUAUCAGAUUGAGGUUUUUUUUCUACUUUGAUUGAUGGCUUGAAUGUUUCCUUUUUGUUAGAUUCAGUGUUUUUUGAUGGAUUUUUCUCCUUUUGAAUUAUUUUGUAUUUUCUAAUGAAAUAGCUCUAUGAUAGAGAAGUAGAUCAAACAAAAAAAAAAGUCUUUGUUAUAUUAAACUGUCGUACUGUAAAUAUGCAAUGGGAAGUAAAUGAUUUGCCUCAAUGGACAUUCUUCCCCUCCCAGUCUCCCUCACCAGCGCCAGCGGUCUCUCAAGCCUGAAUGCUACUACUGCCAUCUGUUGGUCAAACGACUUCAGCUUCAUUUCCUUUUACUUUAAAACCUCAGAGUUGAAAUAUGACACUAUCAGGACAGUGGGAACUAAUGACUGACUUCACAGCAACUGUUGUAACUCUGAUGUAUAUUUCGUGACCUGUCAGAGCUGUGACUACUUCAGUUCACUUUAAAAGCAGUUUAGUGAUGCUGUUGUUGUAAAUCAUGAAUAUACAAUUGAAUCAUGCGGAAAUGGGAGUAAAUGUUGAAAAAAGGCACUGAGUAAUUCCUCUGUUUAGUAUUGUAUUGUUAUUGCAUUUGCCACUUGCUGCCAGUGUGCUAUGCUUCAGUUACUGUUAACAUUGGUUUUGUUGAUGUAUAGAAAUUAAUUUAUUGCCCCAGAUUAUAGAUUUAUUUAGUCCCAUUAUCAUUUAUGUUGAUUGAACUUUGCUCAAGUGUUCAUAAGCCUUCAUUUUUAUGCUUAACAUUCAAAGUGUGAAUGUGUGUGUUUUUUUAAUUGUUUAUUUCAAUGAAACUGUAAAUGAAAAGUUUGUAACAAGAGGGGGCAGCAAUAAUGGGAUUUUUUAAAAGCAUGACUUGAUUUAUGCUGCAUUCACAUGCAGUGGGAAUUUUCUUUUACACACAUGCAUUUUCAAGUCAAAAAAGUACAUGGUUUACAGCAAAGAAAAUAUGGCAAUGUGAGCCACAAAAAGAAGUUUUGUUUUUUUUUAGUACCAUAUUUCCCACAGAAUGUAAAUGCAGCAUCAGUAAUGGAGAUGUGUGAACUGUGACUUUUUUUUUUUUUUACAACAGGAUCUUGUGUCCUUUCAUACUAUACUUCAAGAAGAAGAAGAAACCUUUACAGGUUUAAAGAAUUCAAACUUAUUGGAAAUUCUCCUUUUCUUUCUACUUCUAAGUUUCCUGUCAAAGAAUUUAGAUUCAUUUAAAAUGAUUGGACAUGACAGUUCUCAAUGUACAGUUCUCUCACAAUCAGGGUUAAUGGUGAUCAAACCCAGUUUCCAAGGUGCAUAUGGUGUUCACAUCAUAUUAGCUUGACUGUGACCACAGAAUUAAUAUUUCAUGUACUCCGUUAUAUGCAGAUCGCAUCUAUAAAAACAGAUGCUGACAGAGCACAGACCACAUGUCUCAUGACUUGCAGUAAAGGGAAUUCAUGCUCCUGCAUGUUUAUAAUGUAUCUGUAGAGAUUUGACUGUCAAUAAACGGACGGUUUCAAACA